GCAACAUCUCCUGGUUGCAGUUCGACAGCAAAGGAAGCAGCGUUUCCGAUUUGUUUUCCAGAAACCGUUGUUGCGUGACGAGACGAUGCGGAUUUACAAGCUCGUGUUCGGAUUCAUUUUCAUCGUUUCUUGCUCCGAAGGCAGAAGAAAUGCGCUCCAGGACUACCAGAAAACUGACAGCAUCCAACUGAUGGUCCAUUCUAAUUCCUCCCACCUGACCAAAAGCAAGAAGAUGAGCUUAUCGAAGUGUGCUAAAGCCUGCAGCCGCAACAAAAGGCUCCCGUUUACUUGCAGAGCAUUUCUCUAUGAUCAUAAAAACAGGAAAUGCCAGUGGCUGUCCUUCGACAGGAACUCACCAGGCGUUCAGAGCCAACAGAACAUGAACUACCAACUCUAUGAAAAGAAAGACUAUGUUAGAGAAUGCAUUGUAGGAACAGGUCAGAGUUACAGGGGGCGGAGGUCAGUGACUGUGAGUGGGAUCCUGUGCCAGGCCUGGGCUUCUCCUAUUCCUCAUGAACACAAAUUCAUGUCUAAGAGGUUCAGGAAGAAGGACCUCAGGGAAAACUACUGUCGCAACCCAGACAACUCCACUGUUGGCCCGUGGUGCUUUACCACCGACCCCCGGCCACACCUCAGACAUGAGCAGUGUGGCAUACCAAAGUGUUCAGAAGUUGAGUGUAUCAACUGUAUUGGAGAAGAUUACAGAGGACCAAUGGACCACACAGAAAGUGGAAAAGAAUGCCAGCGCUGGGACCUGGAUGAACCACACAAACACCUGUACCACCCCAAGAGGUACCCUGACAGAGGACUAGAUGAUAACUAUUGUAGAAACCCAGAUGGACGCCAAAGACCCUGGUGCUUUACCACAGACCCAAAUACACCCUGGGAGUACUGCAACAUCACAGUUUGCGAAAAUUCUCCUAAAAGUAAUGUGGUGGAAACGACCGAAUGUUACCUGGGCAGAGGAGAGGGUUACAGGGGAACAGUAGAUGUGACACCCACUGGACUCACCUGCCAGCGCUGGGACUCUCAGUAUCCCCAUAACCACACAUUCCUACCUGAAGCCUACCCCUGCAAGGACCUGAGAGAAAACUACUGUCGAAAUCCAGAUGGUCAAGAAUUCCCCUGGUGCUUCACUACAGACCCAAGAGUCCGCACAAUGUUGUGCAUUAAUAUCCCUCAGUGUGGCACCCAAAACAGGCCUGUCAGCGACUGCUAUGAAAGCUUUGGAGAGAAUUAUCAAGGACAGCAGUCAAGGACUAGAUCAAACCUGCCCUGUGCUCCCUGGAGCGACCACAGCAACAGUGGUGAGAGGGGCAUGCUGAUGGCUGGCCUGGAAGGAAACUACUGCAGGAAUCCCGAUAAAGACAAACAUGGUCCCUGGUGUUACACCAACAAUUCUGCCAUACCCUGGGACUACUGCAAUGUAAAACCAUGUAAUGCUUCACAGAACACCAUCCCACUGGGUGAGUGGAGCCCUGUGGGCUGUUUUGUCCAUAAGAGAACGAGGAUCGUGGGAGGAGGUCCAGUGGGCAUAUCAGAAGGCAGCUGGAUGGUCAGCAUACAGAAAGGAUCAAUGCACUGGUGUGGCGGUUCACUAAUACGAGACGAGUGGGUACUUACUGACAGGCAGUGCUUCUCCUCGUGUGUUCCAAACCUCAGUGAGUAUCGAGUGUGGCUGGGAGUCUCUCAUAUUCAAGAGGGCACACCUGAUUGGUCCAAGAGACAGGAAGUCAACAUAGCCCAUGUGAUAUGUGGCCCUGAGGGUUCCAGUUUAGCCCUUCUAAGGCUCUCUAAGCCUGCCCUUCCCGCAGACAAUGUCCAUACAAUUCAGCUGCCUUUGGCUGGGUGCGCCAUCCCUGAAGAAACAAUAUGUAAAAUGUAUGGAUGGGGAGAGACCAAAGGCACUGGCUAUGAAGAUAUGCUAAAGGCAGUGGACCUCCCCAUUGUCAGUAAUAGCCGGUGCAGAGAGAUGCACAGAGGAAACCUCCACAUCACCAACAACAAGAUCUGUGCAGGAGGGAAGAGGAAUGAGGGAGUGUGUGAGAGGGAUUAUGGAGGCCCUCUGGUGUGUCAGGAUGGUGAUAUCAGAGUUAUAGUUGGAGUAAGUGUCCAUGGCAGAGGCUGCGCUCGGGCCAACCAGCCUAGCAUUUUCAUUAAUGUGCCCUACUACACACAAUGGAUCUACAAGGUUUUCAGAUAUUACCCCAACACUGACACCGUCUGAAGACUUAACAGAGAAUGAAUCAAAUUCUGAGGACUAAAACAGAUCUAGAGCCUCCACUUAAGUCCAGUGGUGCUCUCAGGAUGCCUGGUUUAUAAUGUUUUGCAUACCAACACAGUCCAGAUCAAUAGGAAAUUGAUCUGAAGUUAUACUUAAACUAUGAUGUAAUAUUUAAAAGCAUCAAUAAUAAGAAAGAGUCAUUGAUGGCAGUUUUGAAGCCCAACAUGGAUGUUAUUCUUAUUUUAGCCAUACAGUAGGAAGUGAAGUGCUGGAGCAUCUAACAAGUCAAGAAACAGCAAAGUAGGGCUUUGACUGAAGUGGGAGCAGAACAGGCAAACAUAUAUCUGUUUUGUUUUUGUUUGUUUUUGUUUGUUUUGUUUUGUUUUUUGUCCAUUUCACAAUUUCAUUUAGGUAGCAAUUCCACCAUAGUCAUAUGUGUGUAUGUGAAUACUCUUGAUUCCUGGCAUUACUUGAAUAUUUUAAAUACCAAAUUCAGUGGUUCAGCAGCUGCUUUUAUAGAGUACGUUAACAGGCCACUUAAAAACUAUCCAGUGGUAGGGCAAUGCUAAGGGCACUCUGACCAAGCAUCUCCAGGAGCUUUGAUAAAGUGGUCCUUACUGUAAAUACUAUUUUAAUGAGUGUGUUUGUGACACUCUUAAUUCAUUUAGGUCUUAUAGAUCUAUGAGAACUCAGAUGCUGUGGUGGACAGAUAAAUGGCAUGAAGUGUUCUAUCAGUGUGUUUUAGCUUUUAGCCAAAUUUCUGUUUCAUUAUGGGGGCAAAUAAACAGAAAACCUGAAAUAAACUGCAUCUUCCUUAUUCUCAUGUUACCAUAGUACAACUGACUGAAAGAUGCUCUUUGCUUUCUGUGUAAAUAAAAUGAGUGGAUGGUUAACCAGUGUUCACAGGAUUUGAAAAACAAACUUUUUUUUUUUUAACAUUUAUGUGUACACAAAAGCUCUUUCUGUACAGAAUUUACUAUUUCCUUUAAAACGUUGAAUCAUCAUCAGUGUGUCUGGUUUUUUUUUAAGUUUUGAAUUUGUGUGUGUGCGUGUGUGUCUGUAUUUAAAAAAAAAAAAAAAAAAAAAGAAGAGAAAAGAAAAAAAGAAAACAAGUGCAGAGGGAGAGGGUGUGUGAGUCUGUGCAUGUUUGAGCCAGAAUUAAAUGAAUCAUCUCCACUCUCAGACCUUGGCAGACCCCCCCCCCUUUUUGAUUCCACCCCAGAUAGUAGUGUGUCAAAGUCUGGUGGUUCUAACUUUGUGGAUGGGAUGUGAUCUUUGUAACAUUACUGUCAGUAAUGGGCUUCACUGCGACGACUGAACAAACAAUGAAACAAGUUGACACACUUGUUUUCCAGUGUCAGUGUUUGAGAUGGCUUUGUAACUACAUCAGCUGUAUGUCUGUAUGGGAGUAGGAAAAUGGUCUGUGUGUAAGUUUGUAUGCGUGAGUCUGUGUGUGAUUGUGUGCACACUGAAAAAUGCUGCAAGCUGCUAUAUUCUACAGAUUGUACAGUACUGCCUUAUAAUGUAUAAUAUGUAUUGUAUUGUAUGCAUUUACUAUGAACUUCAUUUUAUCCAGUGCUAAAUGUUAAACCCUGUUU